AACCGGUUGAUUUUUCACGUUCCGAAGGAGCAACAAAUAGCAAUGGUGGUAGCAACAACAAAAAUGGCUCUACAAUAACAUUAACAACAUCCAACUCUUCAUCUUCAUCGACACAUGGCAACAAUAAUAGUACUACAGGCAGCAGUCACAUUGAAGGAAAAUCUUUACAUUCUAACUCCCACCAUCACCAACCACAUCAUACCAACUCUCAGCAGCAGCAUCAUCAACAACUCCAAAUAUUGCGCAACAUGUCAAAUGGUCACCAUAAUUUAGAUAGUGGUGUGAGUUUCUUGCAUCACGACUACUCGACCGAUGAUUAUUCCGAUUUGGAUGAUGAUGAUAUGGAUGAUGAAGAAGGCAGUGAUGUUGAUAUUAUGGGUGACACUAAAUUAUAUAACUUAACAUAA